AUGGUGGAACGUCUACAUCGCCAAAUCAAAGCAGCAAUACGGUGUCACGAGAGUCCUCAUUGGGUAGAUACCCUCCCCACCGUGCUUUUUGGAAUUCGUUCAGCGUGGAAAGACGAUCUUAACGCCACAUCUGCCGAUAUCGUAUUUGGAGAGCCACUUCGAUUACCAGGAGAAUUUCUCGCUCCUGCUCCGAACAAUGGCCUACCGGCAGUAACGAUUGCCGACAGACUCAGAAACCACUUCGCUGAGCUCGCUCCAGUUCCCGGCACACGACACGGCCAACACGCUGCUCAUCAUGCAUUUACGCCACCGUAUGAAGGACCACAUCGUGUCAUAUCGCGACACGAGAAGCAUUUCGUCGUCUGGAUCAAUGGUCAAGAAACUGUCGUAUCCAUUGACCGUCUGAAGCCAGUAUUUUCCAUUGCCGAAGACGAAGCAGCCGACGCUGACUUGCCGGAUGACGACAACGAUUCAGACGACACUCUAUUACCGUCGUCAGAACAAUCGACCCCUGGUACGACACCAGAUGCCUCACCGCAACCUGGACCAUCUAGACGCAGAUCAUCAUCUUGGGCUCCAUCGAGUGACGCAAGAUCAUCUUUGGACUCAACUCCUCGACCAGUACGAAAACGCGUCAGGUUCAGUCAAUAA